AUGGAAAGCAACUCCACGUCAGACAUUGUUAUUAUAAGCGGCAACUCACACCCAGAGCUAGCUGAUUUGAUAGCUGACCGUCUAGGUGUACGAAAAGGUGGAUGUUCAGUAUACCAUAAAACUAACAGAGAGACUAUGGUGGAGAUAGCUGAUUCUAUUCGUGGCAAAAAUAUUUACAUUGUUCAAACAGGAACAAAGGAUGUUAACAACAACAUUAUGGAAUUAUUAAUCAUGGCUUAUGCAUGCAAGACAUCUUCAGCUCGAUCAAUUGUAGGGGUCAUUCCAUACUUACCAUACAGUAAACAGUGUAAAAUGAGGAAACGUGGAUGCAUUGUCACAAAGCUUUUGGCACAAAUGAUGUGCAAGUCUGGCCUAACUCACAUCAUCACAAUGGAUCUGCAUCAAAAAGAAAUACAGGGAUUUUAUGAUUGUCCAGUUGAUAAUCUGAGGGCUUCUCCAUUUUUAUUGCAGUACAUUCAGGAAAGUAUCCCCGACUACCGUAAUUCGGUGAUAGUGGCGCGCAAUCCAGGUUCAGCCAAAAAAGCAACAUCUUACGCAGAACGUUUACGUCUCGGUAUCGCUGUAAUACAUGGAGAACAGAAGGAAGCAGAGAGUGAUGAAGUGGAUGGUCGCUACUCUCCACCAUGCAAUCCAAGGUCUCGCACAAUGGAUGUUUCGGUGGGCGUGCCAGUGCAUCCGGCUAAGGAGAAGCCGCCUAUAAAUGUUGUUGGGGAUGUAGGAGGAAGAAUAGCAAUUAUGGUGGACGAUAUGAUCGAUGAUGUCCAAUCAUUUGUCGCAGCAGCAGAAGUUUUAAAGGAAUGUGGUGCAUACAAAAUAUAUGUACUGGCAACACAUGGGUUAUUAUCUUCAGAUGCGCCUCGGCUUAUCGAAGAUUCACCCAUCGAUGAAGUAGUUGUAACUAAUACUGUACCACACGAACUUCAGAAAAUGCAAUGCAAUAAAAUUAAAACAAUUGACAUUUCGGUAUUGUUAAGCGAAGCUAUAAGACGCAUUCACAACAAAGAAUCUAUGUCUUAUCUAUUCAAAAAUGUGACACUUGAAGACUAG